AUGGCUUUCAUUGCUAGACUUACCGCGCGAUUUAACUCUUACUAUGAUGAGCGACCACUCAUGACCAUGAUGGUCACAAACGCCAUCCUCGGAGGCGUCGCAGACACAGUCGCCCAGUCCAUCACCGCCAUCCGCGAACGAGCUCUCCGCCAGCCAGGCGGCCUUAAGAAGAACGACGGCGUCGCUAUUGAGAUCCACGAGCUCGACCGAAAGAACCCUUUCUACGAACGCGACCUGAUCCCCGACUCGGUCGGCCUCCCCCCACCCUUUGACUUUGAGCGUCUCACGCGCUUCAUGGCCUACGGUUUCUGCAUGGCCCCUGUGCAGUUCAAAUGGUUCCGAUUCCUCGAGCGUAUCUUCCCCGUUACCAAGACGAGCGCUUUCGUCCCCGCCAUGAAACGCGUUGCUUUCGACCAGCUCAUCUUUGCGCCAUUCGGUCUGGCUGUUUUCUACACUACCAUGACAAUUGCUGAGGGUGGUGGUCGUCGCGCUGUGUCCAACAAGCUUCGGGACAUGUACAUUCCCACCCUCAAGGCCAAUUAUGUUGUUUGGCCUGCUGUGCAGAUUGUCAACUUCCGUUUGAUGCCUGUUCAGUUCCAGCUGCCUUUCGUGUCUACAAUUGGUAUCGCCUGGACAGCAUACCUCUCCUUGACCAACUCUGCCUCCGAGUAA